GAAGGCAGCGGCAGAUGCGGGUCUUAUUUGUUCUCUCCAGCAGGAGGGCGUUCCGCUGAAGAACAUACGAACACACUGUGGUGAAUUAUGCCGGCGUACGUGCGCACUGAUUCAUAUUUAGAUGCUGCCACAGCUUAGCUGUUAUCCCAGGGUCUGUGUUUUUGAACCCCGGGCCUUCCUUGAUGUUAGCCUUCCUGGUGGCAACACUGCCGGGGGAAAGGCGACAGAGGAGGCCAGGCCCGAAGACAUGGAGGCUAGCCGUCCUUGCAGAGGGAGUGAGCUGUAGGACGAUGUUCUGUUUUUUUCUACACUGUCAGUGCUGAUUUCUGAGCGGGGUUGGCCCUCCUAGUAUGGACCCCGGCCACAUCAGAGGGGAUAUGUCACCUUUGUAUAUGCCAAGAAAGAGGAAGCCUGUUCACUCACUUUCAAAAAGUGGAGUGCAAUGUCCAGCUGCUGUCCAGCGAAUGCCAGAAAGAGCCUGUGAAGUAAAUACAGUUGGGUACUCAGAGGAGGAUGAGUCCCAAACUGAAGAUGGAGUAAAGAUGAAGAGAACUUACAGUAGGAAAAGGUAUGAGGACCUCCAGAGUGUUUCCCUGGGAACAGUAGAUUACUCAACAACCAGCUGUUCUGUGAUGUCAUCAGAUGGCCUGGCCAAUGGGUCAGACCCAGGGUCCAUCGGUCCGCCCACUGCCAGGCUCCCUCCAAGACUGGUUGCAAAGGAUCUUUGGCCUCAAGGCCCAGAAGCUAGCGGGGAGCAGUCCCAGCCUCAUGAUCAGAGCUGGAACUCCAGCAGGGACCGAGGACCUGACGCCUGGGCUCCAGGCAGAGACCGACCCCAGGACCAGGUGUGGAACUCUGGCAGAGGGGGACACUCCAGUCAGGACCAGACAUGGAUUCCAGGCAGGGACAGAACUCACAGCGGACCGGACCAGUCCUGGAUGACAGGCCAGGAGCGGGGUCCUGAUCAGGGCUGGGCAGCUAGCAGAGAUCAAGGGCAGGAUCAGGCCUGGAAUGGAGGCAGAGAUCCAGGAAGGGACCGGGACUCGUCAGGGCCGGAGCAAGGGUGGGGUACUGGCCGAGGCCCAGAUCAAGCCUGGAACAACACAAACAGGGAUAGAGGAAAUGUGUGGAGACCCGACUUGAACAUGAAAAAGGUCCAGAGACCAGAGAUGGAGCGAAGCCCUGCACCCAAUAACUUCACACAACCACCAGAGGGCAGAGAAUCCUGUUCGGAUGCUGCCAGUGCCGGUCAGGCCUCGACAGCUCAGCCGAACGAAGACCAGAAACCUCCAAUCCUGCCGGCUAAGAAGGAACCUCCUACUUAUCCUCCAGGAAGCCAAGAGGAACGUUGGCAGCUCCAGAUUGUCGCCAAAGGAAGAGUCACCUGUCCAAAAUGUAAAAGUGUGAGCAGGAAGACUGUGGAGGGGCUGAAGAAACACAUGGAGAACUGCCGACUGCAACCUUUUACCUGCCAACACUGUGGGAAACAGCUCAAGUCUUCAACAGGGAUGAAGUAUCACAUCAUGGCUGACCACAGCCACUUGCCUUCAGCUGAUGAUGCCAAGGACCUGGAUGAUCGUACCAUAAAAGACAAGCUACGUAAAAUCCUGAAGAGACUGGGCAAAUUAAAGUGCUCCAAAGAGGGUUGUAACGCUGCAUUUACCAGCAUCAUGGGCUACGUGUAUCACAUGAAGAAGUGUGGAAAGGAGGAGUCUGAGCUGGAGAAAAUGCUGCUGAACUGCUCUCACUGUGGGAAGACCUAUAAAUCCAAGGCUGGUCUGGAGUAUCACCUGAAAUCAGAGCAUGCUCCUACACCACAGAAGACUGAGGAAGAUGAGGCACUGAAGGCCCAGAGGGAGGCUAAUCCAGAGAGGACGCCCAGCGGCAGGGUGCAGAGAGCCUCGGCCCAGGUGGCCAACUUCCACCUGGCUGAGAUCGCCAACAAUGAACUGCCCAAAGACUGGCCCAAGAGGAAGUUUCAGUCUGACCUGGUACCAGAUGACAAGAAGUUGAAAUAUGCCCGACCGGGCCUCCCUGCCUUCAGCCAGGAGGUGCUGAGGAAGUGGAAGAAUGAGGUGAAGCUGCAGAGGAAAGUCCAGUGCCCCAACCAGGGUUGCGGCUGCACCUACACGAGUGUGUCUGGACUCAAAGCUCAUCUGGGACUCUGCACGAGGGGCGACUUUGAGGCCGGUAAAUACAGAUGUCUGAUCUGCAAUAAAGAGUUUAACUCUGAAAGUGGAGUGAAAUACCACAUCAACUCUGUCCAUGCACAGGAUUGGUUUGUGACGAACAAAAAAGCUUCCAAGAAGUUUGAGAAGUUCCUUAAAAACCAGCCCAAAGAGGUCGUCCGUGAUGUGGAUAAGCAUACUGUUGAUCAGUACCACCAUCAUCACCUGCAGCAUCAUCCUCAUCAUCAUCAGCAGCAGCACCAUCAACACCACUCACACCACCACCAUCAGCAGCAGCAGCACCAGCUCCAGCACCAGCCUCUGCAGCACCCACUUCAGCCGCUGCAUCACCUCCAACACCAAACUCAGUACCUCCAUCCAGAGAGGCAGAACCUCCCUCCGCAAGUGGACCCUCAACCCCAACAGCCGAUACUCCAGUACACCAGUUUGGAGCCUCCUCCGGGGCCAGUGUGGGUUGAUAUGGACCACAGAGGAGGAGUGCUGGGGCCGGAGCAGGCCCCGAUCGAAAUGGAAAUGGCUGACAAACCUGAGGAGGACAGCGGUGGGAUGGUGAAGGAUACAAGGAGAGGGAAGGAGGAAAGAGGAGUAGAUGUAGGAGAGAGGGGGAAGGCUGACAGGAAGCAGAAGGAUUGCUUCACUUUUGGUGGUAGCAGCGGAGGUGGAGGUUGUGGGCGCAGCAGCAGCAGCAGUAGCAGUAGCAGCAGCAAUACCGGCAGCUCAUCGAGUGAAUCGGAGGUCGAGCAGCAGGAGCGGCAGAGACAGAUUGACCAGUGGAGCCUGAAACGACCGGGCAUCAUGGGCCUCUCGCUGAGGCUGGAAAGCGACAGAGAAACACUUAAAAAGACCUAAAAAAACACACUUUCCUUAACAUUUCAAAUGUCUGCAGCUGAUUUUAAUGGAAGUAGUGAAAAAAAGGUGAAGCAAGAAAAACAUCUGCAUAAGUUUUCCACAAGACAAACCUGUGAGACGGCAGCUGAGACAAUUAAAUCCACUAACCUUUCGGAAGUGAUGGUGGAUGCCGUGAAGACAAGCUCAAGCUGUGAGCGUGGAAAGCUCAGACUGCUCGUUUCCAGAGGCUGCUUCUCUGUGUUGAAAUGGUUGUCGUUGUAUAACCUUGAGAAAUGUAGUUUAUCGUGUGUUUAUCUGUAACAGAUCGUUUUCACCAACUUUAAGCAUCUUAUUGUUUAAAAGGUUUCAUAAAACUCUUCUUGUCUUUCAUGUUUAACAUCAAAAGUUAACCUGAACAGAGACUGCCAGGUGGACUGUUUACUUGUACUUGUCUAGUCACGCUCUCCGAAGACAUUUUGUGCCUCUCGAGUAUGAUUAGUAUAACUUCAUACUACUCAUCACUUUUAAUUAUGACUGAUCACCUUCCUUGGUGAAGUAAUGUUGGAAAUGACAGGAUCACUGUUCACUGGCUUGGAUUCUUCUGUCUGUCUGAUAUUGUUUUCAUUUCAGAUUUUUUUUUAAUAUAAUUUUGUAUUUAGUUGCCAUUCUUAAGUAAAAUCUGCUGCCAGUUUACAGACCUUUGGGCAUGUACAUGUGACAUAUACGUAGCAGUGAAGCAAAUCUAAUGUAAAAGGAAAGAAAUAAAAAUAACGUAGUAUCAACUAACACUUUAUUUCCUAAAGUGUACUGGAAACAUCAGUACUAUUCUUAUUAAGUGCAGCUUAAGCAGUUAAUCGUGUCCAUUGUAUCACUGCAGCUCCAUCAGUUACAGAGAAAUCAUGAGCAGUCUGAAACCACGUAUCACCAACACAGCUGGAAAUUCCCUCCUAAACUGAAUCUCUUGAUCCUGAUAAUGUUGUGAUAAUUACUUGAGAACUUGAGGGCCAUAUUACACAUUUCUUUUAUUUUUUUGCUUUUUAUAUUAGUGAAUAUAUGGCACUAAAUGUCCAGUUUUUUGCUACAAUCAAUUCUAAACUGGGCCAGGCCCUACCUCUGGUAAAGAUUUCAUGCACACAAAAUCCGUAACAUUUUCCUUAAUCCUGUGAACAAACUUUCAGAUUAACCAAGCACACAGCCUCCUUAGUGGAGGUAGCUACAGGAUGUACCCCCGGUUAAUUAAAGCUCUGUUGGUUUAGGAUUAUUUGAUGUAACCUGAAUAGUCGGAAACCUUAGAAAAUUUGUUAUGUACCAAGAAACAGAAACAAACAUAGUUUGAGUAGAACUUAACCCGUGAGUGACAUGACAUGAUUGUUUUUCUUUUAUUUUUGUUGAAAUGUAGGAAUCCUUUAUUUGCCAAAACCUAGUUCAACCUCAGCAGUUAAAAAUAAUCUUAACUCAAGUUAUGCGCUGUGUUUCUUUUUUGGCUUUAUUAGAUAGGUGCAGUGAAGGGUGACAGGAAAGUGGAGGGAGAGAGAGACGAGUCGGAUUCAAACCUGGGCUGGCCGCUCCCAGCAACAUGGCGUUUGGUCACCUGCUACCCCCCAAAAAAAGAAAAACAUCAGUAAAUGUCCAAAAAAAAUUCUUUAUUGUAUAUUUUUUAUGUCACAUUUGAUUAUGUUGUGCAGACAUGCAGUCAGAGUGCAUGCAUCCUCUCCAGCUCUCCUCCACUGACAUAAAUGCAGCUGACUCGGGUGUGAUGAAUGGAAGCUAACUAUCAUGUAACAUGAAGGAUAUUCACUCUUAUUUAACCGACAGCAUGUAGCCUAAUGUUUAUGUACUCUGUGUUUUGUAUCUCCUACAGUGGGAAAUUGUCACGUCAGUCAGUUCUGUGAUGUUUUCCUACAAAUGUGCAUAUUUUUUUACAAAUUUAUUUUGAAUGUAUAAAUGUGUUCUUGUUUCUUCCCUUUCUUCUGCACUCCCAUAGAGCUGGAUAAAUGAACCAUUUAACACAAAUUGUCUCUUAGUCGGUGAAAUUAUGUAAAAAGAAAAAUACCCAUGACCGUAUUUAAUGUGUUUGAUUUUUUACAGUGCUUUAACUCUCAUUACCCUCCAUCAGAUGCCUUUAGGAUGAAUAGUUGGUGUUGUUUAAGUCUGAAAUUAGAAAAAAGCAUUAUUUUUUAUUUUUAUUAUUGAUAUUCUCUGUUAAUGUUAAGGAGCGUUGGCGAGCCUUUGGUUCUGAGUUGUGUCAGGACCUCUACAUACUUACUUGCAAGUAUUUUUUCCCCAUUUUUAGACUGUUGAGACUGAAAAGUCUUUAAAACAUUAAUUGUACUUUAGUUUUAUAUCUGUCUUUGUCACUAACCACUACAGAUUUCUUUUGAUGGUGUUUGUAUGUAAGAGGGAAAUAAUUAUAAGACUUACGUCAGUAGUUUCUAUCUUUGUGGGUUGUGAUCUCAUGAAGUGAAGCCAGUAUCUACAGCAUCUACCUUCAUAGGAGAUUGCAUUUUCUUUGUGGCCUCUUUAUUAGGUACACCUGUGCAAUCUUAAUUCGAUUCAGUCCAACUCUCCAAAUGUAAAGCCUACUUUGUGUCUAAAAUAUUGAGGGUUUGCUUAAUAUAUGAAUUUUUUGUAUUGUAAUAUGAUGGACGAAAACAUUUUUGUCAUGAUGAGCUCUAUAAUAAAGACAAUAGCACAUU